AUGGAGAAGAAGAAUGAUUUUGCAGAGAAAAUUGACCCUGAGGACUUUGCCUUGGGUACCCUUGCCAUGGAUGACAAGAAACUCCUACGCAAGAUCGACUGGCAAAUCUUGCCGAUUAUGUUUCUGACAUAUUUCUUGCAAAUGAUUGACAAGAUUGCAAUCAACUAUGCAAAUGUCAUGGGUAUUCAAGAUGAUUUGGGAAUGAGCGGGAACGACUUUUCGUGGCUGGCAACGGCUUUCUUCAUCGCUUAUGCCAUCGCCGAGAUCCCCCAGGGGGCUCUUCUCCAACGGUUCCCAGUUGCGAAGGUUCUCGGAGCCAACGUCUUUUGCUGGGGUAUUAUCCUUUGCUGCUCUUCGGCGACAAAGAAUUUUGCCGGAAUUCUCGCACUCCGCGUUCUCCUUGGCUUGAUGGAGGCGGUUAUUGCACCCUCCCUCACAUUGUAUACCAGUAUGUGGUAUACUCGCGCGGAGUCGACUCCACGAUAUGGAUUUUGGUACUGCGGUCUUGGAGUAGGACAGAUUGUUGGGGGCUUGAUCUCCUUUGCCGCUCAGCACGCCUCGGCAAGCUUGUCAUUUGGUGGAUGGCGGAUCAUGUUCGUUGUUAUCGGUGCAGUCAAUAUCUUGGUGUCCCUGCUGGUUCUCUUCGUGUUGCCCGAAACACCUUCCAAGGCCAAGUUCCUCACCGAGGAAGAGAAGCAGCGUAUUUUCCAGCGACUCAACCAGGACCAAGCCGGUGUUGGUGAGAAAGUUUUCCGCUGGUCAUCUAUUCUUGAAGUAUUCGCCGAUCUUCAAACGUGGAUGCUGGUGCUUCUGACCAUUCUUAUUACGAUUCCCAGCGGUGUAAUCACUACAUUCUCGUCAAUUCUUAUCAAGGGCUUUGGGUAUGACUCGAAGGAGAGCGCUUUGCUGAAUAUACCGUCCGGUGUGGUUAGCAUUGUCUCCACCAUGGUCUCAACAUAUGCGAUUUCCAGAGGGUUCUCACGGUGGUUGGCUAUCGACAUUCUGUUAAUUCCCACGCUAUUGGGGUCCUGUCUCAUGUCAUUUCUUCCAACCUCCGACAAAGGGGGCUGUCUUGCCGGGAUCUAUCUGGUCAAUACAACGGUUGCUCCUCUUGCUUUGAUUUACGCAUGGACUGGCGCAAACUUCAAAGGUUACACAAUGAAGGUUUCUGGGGCAGCCAUUAUCUCAAUGGGGUUCAGUAUCGCAAAUAUCAUCGGACCACAGACUUUCCAAGCCAAAGAUGCUCCACAAUACAUUCCUGCGAAGAUCACUUUGGUCGCGGUGAAUGCUGCGGCGAUUUUGGUCUCCACUGGUCUGCGCGUUAUGUACGGAAUCCGCAAUUCUAGGGCCGAUCGCUUCGGGGCCCCGGCCCGCAGCUCUAUGGAGGCGCGACAGGCCAAUAAAGGAAACGUACAGGAUUUCCAUGAUGACAAAAGCUUCCGUUAUGUUUACUGA